GAUCACAAGAAUCAGCAGCACCAUAUCCACAAAGUCAAACUCAAUUAUAAAUCCUUUCUCCCAUUUGUUCUUCAAUCCUCUGUAGUUGGGCUAUCGUCCUCACAUCGAUUAAAUUACCAGAGUAUUUUGCCGCAAUCGGGGAAAUUUACUGCUCUGGUGAAGAAAUUAAUGGCGAUCGAUGACAGAUAACGACAAAGGAGUAAUUGGAAAUCACCGAAUCGAUCUUGACUGAUUGGGGAAAUCUGGUGCUUGAAGAAUGAAUUUCAGCUUCGGAUCUCUGCAUAUGGCGACCUCCGCCAUUGUGAUGUUUCUGUUGCUCUCUUGCUUCAGCUUCACUUCAACAGAAGCAUACGAUGCUCUCGAUCCCAACGGGAAUAUCACCAUAAAAUGGGACAUCAUUAGCUGGACACCAGAUGGAUAUGUUGCUGUAGUGACGAUUUUCAACUUCCAACAAUACCGGCACAUUCCGGCGCCGGGGUGGACGCUUGGGUGGACGUGGGCGAAGAAGGAAGUGAUAUGGAGCAUGAUGGGCGGACAGACAACCGAGCAGGGAGAUUGUUCGAGGUUCAAAGGUAGCAUUCCACAUUGCUGUAAGAAAGAUCCGACGGUCGUCGACUUGCUCCCGGGAACUCCUUACAACCAGCAGAUCGCCAACUGUUGCAAAGGAGGAGUCAUCAAUUCAUGGGUGCAGGAUCCGGCGAAUGCGGCCAGCUCCUUCCAGAUCAGCGUCGGCGCUGCCGGGACGACGAAUAAGACUGUCCGAGUACCCAAAAACUUCACUCUUAGAGCCCCUGGUCCGGGCUACACUUGCGGCCCUGCUAAAGUCGGAAAGCCCACCAAGUUCGUCUCUACGGAUGGGAGACGAACUACGCAGGCGAUGAUGACAUGGAAUGUUACGUGCACGUACUCACAAUUUCUUGCGCAAAAGACUCCGUCUUGCUGCGUGUCGCUUUCCUCAUUUUACAACGAUACGAUUGUCCCAUGCCCCACCUGCACUUGCGGCUGCCAGAAUAACCUUACUCGACCUGGAAGCUGUGUGGACCCGAAUUCGCCAUACCUUGCCUCGGUUGUAUCCGAUCACAAGAAAAGCAGUAGCUUGGCCCCUCUUGUCCAAUGCACGAGCCAUAUGUGCCCGAUUCGAGUACACUGGCACGUGAAACUAAACUACAAGGAAUACUGGCGAGUGAAGGUCACAAUCACGAACUUCAAUUACCGGAUGAACUAUUCACAGUGGAACUUAGUCGUCCAACAUCCCAACUUCGAUAACCUGACGCAGAUUUUCAGCUUCAACUACAAACCUCUUACUCCAUACCAGAGUAUAAAUGAUACCGCAAUGCUAUGGGGCGUGAAAUUCUACAACGAUUUUCUGAACGAAGCCGGACCUCUGGGGAAUGUGCAGUCGGAGCUUUUGUUCCAGAAGGACAAAUCGAGUUUCACUUUCGAAAAGGGAUGGGCUUUUCCGCGAAGAGUGUACUUCAAUGGCGAUAACUGUGUCAUGCCGCCGCCGGAUGCGUACCCAUAUCUGCCGAACGGCGGUCCUCGGAAAAUCGUCUCCCUGGUUAUGCUUCUGAGUACUCUGCUCUUUUCUUUCGCAUUCAUUUUUUCUGGCGGUGUUUGAGAAUCUAAUCUCCCUUCAUGGAUCAAACAGCAAAAAAAACUUGAUAGAAGCGAUACGGUACACCCUUAAUCUGUCAUUCAUUCUUUUCUCAAGUUUAUAACAUGUUCUUAUUCUUGUUUCUUGUACUACGAACUUUUGUUGUAGAUUUUAUAGUUGACAGAAUUGUAAUGAGAAUAAGAACAAAUUUGACAUAUAUAGUGUUUGUUGCUCA